AUGCCACUGUAUAUUUUCGUUUUCGGUGCUGAGGCUGAUGGACUUUACGCUAAUCCAGAUGAUUGUAAUUCUUUCAUUGAAUGCUCUGACGGUCAACCAUAUGUGAUACCUUGCCCUGAAGAUACACAAUGGAGUUCAAGAGCAUUAAGCUGUGAUUGGCAAGAAAAUUCUGAUUGCGAGGUUUAUAAACUAUUAAGUACGUAG